AUGGACGAGUCCCAUGCUGAUCUUGUCGAAAAGGCAGUGGCUGUCGCUCAGGCAGCUCUGGACUACGGGUGCACGACUCGUAGACAAAACAGGGUGCUUGAUGCACAGCAGAAGGUGGAUUUCAUGAGACAGUUUCUGGGCCGCGGAACUGCUGGCGAGCGUGGAGCAGACAUCAUUCGCCUGAAUGUGAGCGGAGUGGUUCUGGAGACCUUCCGAUCAACCUUGCUUUUUGAGAGUGAGUCCCAGUUGGCAGCCAAAUUUGGGGAGGCUUGGACCAUGCAAAGUGAGGAGAUGGUGGACGGAGAGGUCUUCUUCGACGAAGACCCCGAGCUCUUCAAACUGCUCAUGCUCCACUUGAGGCUCAAAAGCCUCCUUGGCCAGGAAUAUCCAGCAAAGAUCCCAGCUGCAAAGAAGGGGGCAUGGAAGCGGUUCACAGGAUACUUGAACAUAGGCAUGAAGCUGGGAGAGUUUGACACUAACCUGGUCGAUGUGGAGAAGCAGCCGAUUUUGUUGGAGUGGCUGCCCCUGAAGAACCUGAAGUUGCUGUACCGAGCCACUCGAGACGGCUUUGCUGUUGCAAACUUCCAUCAGAAGUGCGACAACCAGGGGCCGACGGUUGUGCUUGCUCGCAGCACUGGUGGCUACAUCUUUGGGGGUUACACCGACACAGCCUGGGGCAGUGCAGCAAGCUAUGCGAGAUGCACAGAUGCCUUUCUGUUCCGCCUCUGUGGGUGCGACGCUUUGCCGUCGCGACACGGCAUUCACCCAUGCCAGAAGCAUCGCGGCUUGUACCCAUCCGGCUAUUUGCCAAGCUUUGGUGACGAUUUGUGGUUCCAGCAAAAAGGCGCCCAGGCGGUAGGGCACAGCACCAGCUUCGGAAGCACCUACAAUGUAUCCGGUACGGGCGGUCACUUCACGUCUUUGGCCGAAGCCAGAACUGUGACCGUGGAUGAGAUCGAAGUCUUUGGGUGCUCGGCAUAA